AUGGCACCCACUACUACCACCAUCCCCAAGGAUGCCUCGUACGACUUCGUCAUUGUUGGCGGAGGCACCGCUGGCUGUGUGAUUGCCUCGCGUCUCACCGAGUACCUACCCAACAAGACCGUCCUCUUGAUUGAGGCUGGUCCUAGCGAUUUCAUGGAUGAUCGCGUCUUGCUACUCAAGGACUGGUUGAACCUGCUGGGAGGAGAGCUCGACUACGACUACGGCACCACCGAACAGCCCAAUGGCAACUCGCAUAUCCGCCACUCGCGCGCAAAGGUCCUGGGAGGCUGCUCAUCACACAACACCCUUAUCUCCUUUAGGCCAUUCGAGUACGAUUGCAAGAGAUGGGAGGCGCAAGGCUGCAAGGGCUGGAGCUUCAAGACUUUUAUGCGCGUCUUGGACAAUCUCCGCAACACCGUUCAGCCUGUGCAUGCAAAGCACCGCAACCAGCUCUGCCUAGACUGGGUCGACUCAUGCUCGACUGCCAUGAAGAUUCCCAAGGUUGACGACUUCAACAAGGAGAUCAAGGAAAAGGGUGCCCUCAAGCCUUCAGUCGGCUUCUUCUCCGUGUCAUACAACCCUGACGACGGCCGACGGUCUAGCGCCAGUGUUGCAUACAUUCACCCCAUCCUCCGCGGGGAGGAGAAGCGUGACAACCUGACUGUCCUUACCAAUGCCUGGGUCAGCAAGGUCAACGUCUCUGGAAACAAAGUCACCGGCAUCGACCUCACAUUGCAAGAUGGCGAGAAGCGUACGCUAAAUCCCAGAUGCGAAACCAUCCUCUGCGCUGGCGCAGUCGACACCCCACGUCUCAUGAUGCUCUCCGGUCUCGGACCCAAGCAGCAGCUCUCUGACCUCGGUAUCCCCGUUGUCAAGGACCUCCCUGGUGUGGGCGAGAACUUGCUCGACCACCCAGAAAGUAUCAUUCUCUGGGAGUUGAAUAAGCCUGUUCCUGCGAAUCAGACCACCAUGGAUUCUGAUGCUGGAAUCUUCCUUCGCCGCGAGGUGCCGAACGCGGCCGGAGAUGAUGGUGACAUUGCAGACAUUAUGAUGCACUGCUACCAAAUUCCCUUCUGCCUCAACACCGCUCGCAUGGGCUACGACUCCCCUAUUGACGCCUUCUGCAUGACCCCCAACAUCCCUCGCCCCCGCUCCCGUGGUCGUAUUUUCCUCACCUCGUCCGACCCCAAUGUCAAACCCGCGCUCGACUUCCGCUACUUUACCGACCCCGAGGGCUACGACGCCGCCACCAUCGUCGCCGGUCUCAAGGCCGCUCGAGAAAUCGCAAAGCAGGCUCCCUUUUCCUCGUGGAUCAAGCGCGAGGUCGCCCCCGGCCCCAGCAUCACCACCGACGAGGAACUCAGCGAAUAUGGCCGACGCGUUGCGCAUACCGUCUAUCACCCCGCUGGUACCACCAAGAUGGGUGAUGUGACCAAGGACGAGUAUGCGGUCGUUGAUCCCGAGCUCAAGGUCCGCGAUCUCAAAGGCGUCCGGAUUGCGGAUGCGGGUGUAUUCCCUGAGAUGCCGACCAUCAACCCAAUGCUGACAGUUUUGGGCAUUGGUGAGCGGGCGGCGGAGCUGAUUGCGCAGGAGUGGGGAUGGAAGGGCUUGGAGAAGCAGAAGUUGUAG